UGUCCCUCGAGCAAAUUCCAAGGUAUGCAAUGCAAACAACCCUCACCUCUCUCCUUUUGCAAGCAGUUAAAUUUUUUUCUUGUUCAGGUCCCAACCCUCUUCACCGGUCUUGCUACAAGGUCUACAUGGCCUUCAUGGUCUACACCAGACUCACUGCUUCAUACUGCAAAGGGGUGUUCACAUUACCGGUGAAUUUCAGUCGGUCUGUGCAGGUCUUAGUUAUCAGGGGCACCCAACGACGAUUUCCUCCUAAAUACAUUGAAAACACCUUUUAAAGGCUUUCCAGAGUACUUUUAGAUCUCUAGGAAUGCAUUCUAAGCGGCGCUAUAAAAUUUGUAUCUCUUUGGUCAUCCUAGGGGAACUUGAGACUUUUCGAAAUUACAAGCGCUUCAGUAUUACUUUCACCAAAAUUUUAGAUGCAAUUUAACGUAUUACGAAAGUAAGAACUUUUCUGAUUCCUCUUUACAUCACAUUUUUUAAUCCGAAAAGUUUAGGUUUACUUUUUUCUACGAAAAAUAGCCCAACCUGGGAGUGAAAUGUGAAAAAUUUUACUUUUUAUGCAGUGCCCUAUUGAAAACCAGAUAAUGUGACAUAGGCCAUCGGUAAAAAGAACUUCCUUCUUAUUAUAACCUCGCCCUGCCUCUUUUACAGUUGGAUUGAUUUUGUUAUUACUAGUUCUCAUCUUUGUUCCGCAUCGUUUCUUAAGUUGCCCAGCUUUUACCUUGUUUUUUAAAAAACAAAAAUUCAAUUCGGCCCGGGCUCCAAUAGCCUCAGUUUUAUCAGUAGAGAGACUGUUCGGCGAAGCACCCUCGUUAAAUCAUAUAUAUCGAUAUUUCCAGCAUACCUUUACUAAGUAAUUCCCCACUUAAGGAAACAAAAGCUAACUGGGCUGUGUUGACUUUCAAGAAGACUUCUAGAAUGGUUACCAGGGACAGGGAAAAAAAUUGGCCAAUAGCUGAACGGCUCGUCCUCGCUAACGAUCCCAGAAACAAUUGCAGAACACAUUUCGGGACCAGGGACCCGUUUCUCGAAAGUGCCGGUAACCUUUCGGGCCCGAAAUCAAAUAUUCAAAUCGAAAUAUAAAGAAUAAGAGCGCGGGUCCUGGCUAGCAAACUACUCCAUUUUGUUUCAUUAACUGAUAGUUUUAUCACGUUAGAUGCAAAACUACUGAAACCUCGAUCUUUAAUAUAAACGGAGACAGCUUUCCGGGCCCGUUAAUAACCGGGACUUUCGAGAAACGGGCCCCAGAUCCCUUAUUGUUUUUUAGAGUGGCGUAUUCAUUACUUCUUUUACUGUUAUUCCAGGGCGCAUAUUUUGGAAUAUUCAGCGGCGCCAUCAUGACAACAUGGGUCUUUGUGGGAUCCGUAUUAUAUCCACCCAACAAGUACCCAGGCCUUCGCUCAGUUCAGGAAUGUGACUUCUUCACUGCCAAUACUACCUUUAUAAAUGGUACCCUUAGCAACUCAUCGGCUGAAUUUUUCAAGGAACACAAUAUCAACCAAGACGGAUUUAUACAUAACCCAUACAAAGGACACAGGUAGAGUACCUGUACAUCAUAACUAUAGCCUGUGCCAGGCGUUCAGAUUGCGGGGAGGGCGCAUAGAGAUGUGAGCAGGGGAAACUACGAGGGGGUGGGGUUGGGGUGAGAGCGUUACAGCUAUCUGACUUCGCGCCGCACUCCACUAUCAGGCUACUAUAACUGUGAAUUACGUUGCAAUGGUGGAUUCAGACCUUAAGGUGCGGGGGUGGGGGGGGGGGGGCUGUCUAGCUGGAACGAAAAGUCCCAGCGCCUUGGCUUUACUGGUCUCAGUUUUGGUGUAAAAAUAAGAGGAGGGAGCUACUCUUCCCCCCCCCCCCCCGGGCCUACCACUGCCCUUCACAGAAAUUCUAGGAAAAUAGAAAAGUUUUAAAAAAAUCGUCGGAACAAGACAUAUCGUGGGAAAACUGUCCGUUGGGUUUCAUUUCAAUAAAUAUAUAAUAUGUAUUUUUUUUAAAGUUUAUGUAUUCCAUAUAUGUCUUCAAAACAAGAGCAAAAUGUGGACUGACAAUUUAAAGACUUUCUUGCCCUGGCCAAUGAAUGUUAUUAUCAAAUUGGUCAGAUAUUUACUUGAAUCAGUGCUAAAUCGUAUGCCACACAGGUACUUUUUCAGAUACAAUAUAACCAGUGGCGCAUGCGCUACCUUGAGUCCUUGAGUAAGGCUCCUUCAUGGAAUUACUGUACGGGUAAAAAGUUUAAACGAAAUUAAUAUAUAGCUGGAAAUUUCUUCCCAACAGCGCGUGCUCUCAUUAGUUUCUUCGAGGACACACGACAUCUAACAAUGAAACUGUUUCCCGACAAAAUCUCUUCGCGGGUGAAAUUGCAAAAUCUGUGACGUUAGAGGGCAACAGUGUACCGUUGCCCGCGAAUGUUGACCGACGACCGCUGCUACAGCGAGGUCUAAUAAAUUUCCACCUAUAUAACAAAUCACUGACAAAAGACUUGUCCGUCGGGAAACAGUUAAUUUUGUUUUCCUCCAAUCUCAAUGUUUCCUCGGGACCAGUCAGUUAUAUGAAUACGUAGAAUCGAUAUGAGAAUUUCUACUCAUACGCAAAAAACCAAAGUCAGCGUUGCUGCCUCCACAACGUAAAAUUUAAAUCGAUUGAAUUUUGUUUUACUUUUAGUGCGGGUAUAGCUGAUUUCUACAGCAUGUCAUACCUUUGGUUUAGUGGCUUGUCCGUUAUCGUUUCCUUUGGUGUUGGGAUCAUAAUGAGUUUAAUUUUAGGUGAGUUGAUAGCCUUCCAAUACAGCCGUCUCUCGUUGCUCUUUAGCGAUUCACAGGCUAGUGAGUUAGGGAAUCUGUCAAGUUCUGAAUUUCAGUUUACUUGAAAAAUUGCUUCUCCUCAGUUUUCUCAUUAGACACACAUAUGUAAAGCUCUAUUCAAAGAGAGCAAAAUGCAAGGCUUACAAUCGCAGUCUAUUUGCUUUCUCGCUACAUUAUUUAUUAAAUUGCAUGUUUCUUCUUUGCUUUAACUUAAAGAGAGAAAAGAAGACAAAGAAAGAGAGAUUGAUCCUAAGUUGCUGUUCCCUCUGAAGGAGUGGUGUCUCUCCUUCCUUCCUGGUCACUCAUUUCAAUGGGACUUUGAGGAAGAAGAAAAUGAACGACUGCAAAAAGAAAAGGAAGAAGAAAUGAAGCCACUUCAUGAGAGGGUAAGAAAAAUGAUACGGAUGACGAUAACGACGAUAAUGAUGAUGAUGAUGAUGAUGAAGAUGGUCAUCAUCAUCAUCAAGAUCAUCGUCAUCAUCAUCAUAACAGUCUUGGUGGCGGUGUUGGUAUUGGUGACGAUAGCGGUGACGGGCAGAUGAUGAUGGAAACGUUGGUAUAGUAAUGGUGGUUAUGGUGAUGUGGACGUUGAAGAAGGUGAUGAUGAUCACAUCUUUUUUAGUCAGAACAGUACUAAGCACAUCAACUAUUUUUUUGUCGCUUUAGCAAAAUGAAGUGCACUUUGCCUUCGCACACGCCAUGAUGAUCACACCAUGAGCACUCACAAUAUCAUCAUAGUAUAACAAUCAAUGUGUGAAUUGCAUACCUUGCAGGAAAUCAAGAUAAACUGGGAUGAAGCCCCACCACUCCAGGAGCCUGGUGAAAAGGAGAAGACCUCAAUGGGAGACAUGUUCACCAACGAUCUACUGUCAAAUGAUUCUAAAUUGUGAUGUCAUCAAUUCACGUCUUUAGAAACGGAAAGGAACUUGAGCGAAAACGUGUCACGCAAGUGUUUCUGGGAUCGUUACAAGGGACGCGCGGUCAGCUAGCGGCCAUUUUUCCCGGUCCCUAGAACAGUCCCAGAAGUCUUUGCGAAAGUCAAUUCGACCUAGUAUCCUUCUCGUUUAUAAAGUGUCGAAUUUUCUCCCGUAUUAUGCGUUUCAUUUUUGUUUUUCAUAUAUUCUGUGGCUUCGUACGGAUAAUCCUUGAGCGUGUAAUAGUAACUCCAGAUUUCUAUUUCCAAAUGUAAAUAACGUUUUACUGAGAGUGUCUGGUGUGUGUCAAAAGUAACAAAAUAUUAUAUCCUGGCUGAUUUUUUCCUUUAAGUUGGGGGACUUGGGGGUAUUUUAGCGAUAAUUCAAGGCUAGGAGGUCAGCGAAGGCCUGUUUUGCAAGCAUUCCCGAUUAGCUAUCCCUUACUACACAGACUACCCAAGCCAAGAACUUGGCCCAAUUUGCGGCUCAAACAGCUUGUUUUGCCUGGUUUUAUUUCAGCUAACGCUACUCAAUAUUAUCGUAGAGUUAUAAGAAUGGAUGCUUUAUCAGUAGUUAAGAAGUCGAUUUUCACAGGUCUGUACUGAAAUUUUUAAACGCCUUUGCUCAUUCAAGCAACGUAAUUACCAUCAAAUUUUUACUUACAUUGAAAUAAAAAUUUUCACGCCCAGGUUG